GUGGUGGACGGCGACCGCAUCCGCCGCGGCUUUCUGCGCGUCAUCAACUCGAUCGAACUGGCGUGCUGUCCGUCGCUCGAGGCAUCGCACGGCCUUGCGCGUGGCCAGCUCUACCGGUCGGGCCACAUCUUGCUCGAGUCUCUGGACCACGACGGGCUCUUUGACUUUUAUUCGACGUACGGUGGCGAUGCAAGUGGAUCGAUCCCACGCUCGAUCAAGCUCAAGGCCAUGGAGCAUUUUGUGAGCCAGAUGCUGCGCGUCGAAGACCACUUCUGCCAAGACCGAAUCCAAACCCGCUUCGCGACGCAGCAACGCGCGUUUGUGGCGCCGGCUCCGUUUCGCGCCAAAGCGCCGUUCUGCGAACUCUGCUUCAAGAGCUUUCACCUGCUCUCGCAGAAGCUGCAGUGCUUUUUCUGCCACAAGAUGGCGUGCAAGCGCUGUGCAUACGUGAUCCACGCGGAGACGAUGGCCUUUCCAAAGAAACUCCGCGUCUGCACCACCUGCUACUGCCCGACAGCGCGCCGCCGCACGUCGACGGCAGUGCACAGCGACACGCUCUCGGACGAGGCCAGCAGCGUAUUCGCCAUGGGCGGCCCCAUCGCGCUGGACGACGACGACGACAAGCCGCGCACUAUCCAGCUGUACCAUCCUAGCGAAAUGCGCCAGAGUUCAUUGGCGCAGCCCACCACGAUCGACGACGACGACGAGUGGGGUUUUACUCGCACAACCGCCCUCUCGGUACUCGAGUCGCGAUCGUCGUUUAGCUCGUACGCACCGUCCGCCGCCGCCGGCGACAGCACGCGCGGGCAGUAUGGGUACCACUAA